GUUAGUGUGUCCGCGUCCCGGACCAUGAGGGCUGUGCCCGCCGUGUGCCAGUGAUUUGGAGGCGGAGGAUCAGGUGGCCCGUGUGGCAGUGCUCGAGGAAGAGCGUCGGUCCAGCGAGCGGCUGGAGAGAUCACAGCAUGGCGGUGUGGGCCGCUGCAGCCCCGCGGCGCACGGCAGCACCUCGCUGCUGCCCGCUGCUGCUGGCGGCGAUGAUGCUGCUGCUGCUGCUGGCGGGCCCGACGCCGUGCGGAGCCCAGAUGAGUGGAGGGGUGAGUGGCGGUGGUGGUCGGGGCACUGGCAGCAGCAGGUUGGGACAGGGGCGAGUGGAGCACGUCUCUGACCAAGACAUGUUGCCGCGUCACGACCGGUGUGAGCCGAUCGCCAUCACGCUGUGCAAGGACAUCCAGUACAACACGACCAUCAUGCCCAACCUGCUCAACCACCACACGCAGGAGGAGGCGGGCAUGGAGGUGCACCAGUUCUUCCCGCUAGUCAAGGUGCAGUGCUCGCCGGACCUUCACUUCUUCCUGUGCAGUGUGUACGUGCCCGUGUGCACCAUCCUGGACCGCCCGCUGCCGCCCUGCCGCCACCUCUGCCUCUCCGCAAAGGACGGCUGCGAGGACCUCAUGAACAAGUUCGGGUUCCAGUGGCCGGAGUCUCUGGACUGCAACAAGUUCCCUGCGGGUCCCAACGAGCUUUGCGUGGGCGAAAACAGCACCUCGCCACAGCCGCCCUCGUUCCCCGUGUCAGACCCGCCGCCCGUGGACUACGCCGGGAAAGACUUCCAGUGCCCGGUGCACUUCAAGGUGCCCAAGGACGAGCAGUACAAGCUUAGGGUGGGCGGGGUGGAGGUCCAGGACUGCGGCGCUCCCUGCCAUGGCAUGUUCUUCAACGAGGAACAGCUCACCCUCUCUAGGCGGUGGGUGGGCGGGUGGGCGGCCGUCUGCCUCGCCUCCACCACCUUCACCGUUGCCUCCUUCCUGGCAGACGUGCGUCGCUUCCGCUAUCCUGAGCGGCCCAUCAUCUUCAUCAGCAUGUGCUACUGGUUCAUGGCGGCGACCUACGUGGUGGGGCUGCUGCAGGGGGACCGCGUGGCGUGCGACGACCCCUGGGACCCGCCGCAGUACCUGCCGGAGCUGAAGGACCACAUGAUCCGCACCAUCACCCAGGGCGUGGAGCGGCAGUGGUGCACCAUCGUGUUCAUGACGCUGUACUUCUUCACCAUGGCGGCGUCCAUCUGGUGGGUGGUGCUCACGCUCACCUGGUUCCUGGCGGCGGGCCUUAAGUGGAGCCACGAGGCCGUCGAGAACAACUCAGCCUGGUUCCACCUGGCAGCCUGGGCCAUCCCCGCCGUCAAGACCAUCAUCAUCCUGGCCACAGAGAACGUGGAAGGUGACGUGAUGACGGGCGUGUGCUUCGUGGGCCUGUGGGACGUGCGGGCGCUGCAGGGCUUCGUGCUGGCGCCGCUGUUCUUCUACCUGGUGCUGGGCACGGCCUUCCUGCUGACGGGCUUCGUGUCGCUGUUCCGCAUCCGCACCAUCAUGAAGCACGACGGCACCAAGACGGACAAGCUGGAGCGCUUCAUGGUGCGCAUCGGUGUGUUCAGCGUGCUGUACACGGUGCCCGCCACGGUGGUGGUGGCCUGCCUCUUCUACGAGCAGGCGCACCACGACGAGUGGAUGGUGGCGUGGCAGCGCGACAAGUGCGCGGCGCGCGAGGAGCCCUGGGUGACCUACGGCAUCAGCUGCCCCCAGGCGUGGGGCGACACGCCCCUCGCGCGCCCAGACUUCGCCUUCUUCAUGGUGAAGUACCUGAGCACGCUUGUGGUGGGCGUGGCCUCGGGCUUCUGGGUGUGGUCCGGCAAGACGCUGCUGGUGUGGCGGAACUGCUGCCUCGGCCGCCGAACUGAGAGCUACGUGUGACAGUCCGCCCCCGCCUGGCCCCCUGCGCCGCCCCCCGCCCAUGCCCUCACCCCUCAGCCGCCCUCCGCCGCCGCCGCCCAGGCCAACCCGUCCGUGGCCAGGCUGCUGCCGGAGGAGGCGGUGCCCUUCAGGCCCUCGC